UGUUGUUAUUGUUGUUAGGUUAUAUUUGAAAAUGUUUAAAUGUGUUAUAUAUUUGUUGAAAUGCAGUUAAUUAACUCAAACGUAAAUGAAACAAAUAUAAGAGAAAAUUUUGGAACAAUUGUCUCAUAUAAAUGUAUAAUUUAUAGCACACCAUAUAAGGUGCGGCGCGCGUCUUAUCAUCCGAUUUCCAUUAAUCUCUAGUUAAUCCUGUCCGCGCCUGUUUUGAUAACAAAAUGUCUAAACGCCAGCUUUUAUUGUUGUCUUCGUCAAAAGUACACGGUUUUGAGUUUUUGGAAUACGCUGCCAAAGAUAUCAAUGAUUUACUACAAAAAAACAAUGCGAAGAGUGUUUUGUUUGUGCCUUACGCCUUGCGAGAUCAUGAGGGGUACCUCAAGAAAGUUGCAAAGCCAUUCAACCAUUGGGGUUAUCAGGUAGAAGGAAUUCACACGCAGGAUCCAAAACAUGCCGUUAAAAAAGCUGAGGCUAUUUUUAUAGGCGGAGGCAAUACCUUUAGGCUAUUGAAGGCAUUAUAUGAUUUGGAAAUCAUAGAAUUAAUAAGAAAACGAAUAUUGCAAGACGGUAUUCCAUACAUAGGAGCUAGUGCUGGUACAAAUGUGGCAACUAGGAGCAUACACACAACAAACGACAUGCCUAUAGUUUACCCUCCAAGUUUCGAAGCCCUGAAAUUAAUUCCUUUCAAUAUAAACCCACAUUACUUAGACCCGGAGCCGGAAUCAAAACAUAAGGGUGAAACACGAGAGGAAAGAAUCUUGCAGUACCUUGAAGAAGAAGAUUCUGCAAUGGUGCUGGGGUUGAGAGAAGGGGCCACACUGUUCGUGGAUGGAGAUACAGCAAUACUGAGAGGCAUUCAUAGAGCUAGGUUAUUCCAGAGAAACAAGGAACCACAAGAAAUUGAACCCGAUUCUGAUUUGAGUUACCUGCUCAAGGGAUAAUGACGAGAAUGGUGUUUUACUUGUCACUUUUACGAAAUAAAGCGGCCUAUUAGAACUUGCUUCAUUUAUUAUAUGGAUUUGGAAGUUUUCAUACCAAACUUACCAAUUCAAUGUAUUGUACUGUGGGUCAGAUUACGAGGAUCAUUCGGCCAGUCUUGUCGAUGAAUCUCGAAGAAUAUAGAAUCAAUAAAUGACAAAUGAACAACUGGGAUCAUGAAAUUAAACCAUAGUUAAACUAGAAGUUUGUAUAGUGCAAAGUUUUUUCAUAUUACAUUUACUAAAUAAAUAUUGUUAAAGGGUUUGAAAUAAAUUUAAAGGCGAUCAUGGUCCAAACAAACAACUGCUAUGUGGUUGUAAUAAAUCUUAUUUGCAAAAUUUAGACAAAAGGAUAAAACCUUUCCGUUCAGGAAGAGUUCAUAUAAUAAUAUUAUUUUGAUAGUGAAAUUAGAAGUUUGAACACGUGCGGGUAUAAAAAAAUUACGAUGUAUUGUGCUGAUCCGUUCCUUUG